GCAGAGGCCCUUUCACCUGCUAUCUGCCUAUCUCUACACAUACGUGCAUGUAUCCUAUCUGCAUAUGUACCUUGUCGCCCGCCCGGUCUGUCCACCUUGCCCUUCUACUCUCUACGCCUUCACCUUGCCUCCCUGCCACCACCACCAACUCCUACUGCACACCUCGUCUCAAACUAUCUCUGCGCAUCUUAUUCCCGUCCCUCUUCGUUGUCGGAGCGCAGAAAACCAAACCCAUCUUGCCAAUCUUGCUAGUCGCAACCUCGUCGAAUUCGUCCUUCUCGAGCUUCACUAGCACACACCCCCUCCCCCCAUCCCCCGUGCUGCGGCGAGCCAAGGAUGGGAACUUUUCUGUUCAAGUGGGCCCACCCCGCCUCCGAGGUCUACGUGACGGGCACGUUUGACGACUGGAAAAAGACGGAGAAGCUGGAGAAAGUCGGCGACCACUUCGAGAAGACAGUGACGCUGCCGGAUGCCUCCGCCAAGAUCUUUUACAAGGUUCGUUGCAACUCGCUCGCCUUCACAUCGCGCCGUCCUCUCGCACUACCUGGGGUUGCCUUAUAUUGUGUGAUGGAUCCUUCACCCGCUAGCUCGCCUGCCCCCUCGUUUUUCCUCUCUCUCUCUUCUUUCCCUUUCUCGCUUCCGCAAGGCUUCGUGCCUGGCAGGCCGAGGGGUGCGCGCACGAGAGCCUGCCUGCCUACCUGCCUCGCGAUUUGUUCUAUGCCCUGCGGGUAAGCCGUUAGACGGACCCUCGUCGUCCUGCGGCCUGG